AUUUCUUGUGGCAAGAGGUUGAGUGGUACGUCUUGGUUUACCGGAAGCAUCGACCAUUCUGCACAAGCUAACAGAUUUGUAAGGAAGAAACAUUUGCUUUCAGCAUGCAGCAGUCUUAUCACAGUAAGCACCUGUUGGAGCAACUAAACAAACAACAAGAGUCAGGAUUUCUCUGUGAUUGCACCGUCCUUCUUGGUGAAUCCCAGUUUAGAGCUCACAGAAAUGUACUAGCUGCAUUUAGUGAGUAUUUUGGGGCAUUUUAUAUGGCGACAUCUGAAAAUAAUGUCUUUCUGGAUCAGAGUCAAGUGAAGCCUGAAGCAUUUCAAAAACUUCUGGAAUUUAUAUACACUGGAGAUAUAAAUCUUGAUAGUUGUAAUGUUGGAGAAAUUCAUCAGGCUGCUAGCUACUUAAAAGUGGAAGACUUAGUCUCAAAAUGCAAAAUGAAGCUAGACACUUUGAAUGUGACUUUGGCCUGUUCCUACCCAGAACUAAUGAGCAGUGAUGCACACGAUGAACUAAACAAGCAUGUUUGCCUUUUUCCUGUGGAGAACCAUGAAGAUCAAAAAGAUUUAGAAAUGUUUAAUAUAAAUGAAGUGCAGAGUGCUCCAGAAGAAGGUAUGAUAAUUUGUUCAUUAUCCCAGGAAAAGGCAGGGACAACAAAGAAGUCGUCUAGAAAUUCUCAAAAUAAUGCUACCCAGCACAGAAAAAAUGGGAUUACUAAUGUGGUACUGCAGCAGAAUUUUGGGUUAAGUGUACAUUCAGAUGAAACGUUUCUGGACACAAGCAAAGAGCCUGUAGACUCAGACCAAACAAAACACUGGGCUAAUGACUUGGAGCCACAAGUGAUUAUCCCAGUGAGCGCAGAAGAUGUUUCUUCUCAAGAUAUUGUAGUCCAAAAUAGAACUGGUAAGCAGAGGCAAAGGAGACUACAGAAGAGCCAAGGGCCAAAACAACAGUGUACGUACAAUGCAACAAAUGAAAAUAUUAUGCAGUCAGAAUCUUCCAUAAAUGAAGAAUUAGGGGACUUGCGGCUGAAGUCUAAACCAACAUGCAACACUUGCGGUAAAGUUUUUUCAGAAGCUAGUAGUUUGCGGCGUCAUGUGCGUAUACAUAAAGGUGUGAAGCCCUAUAUCUGCCAUCUCUGUGAGAAGGCAUUUACACAAUGCAACCAGCUGAAAACUCAUGUACGCACUCAUACAGGUGAGAGGCCAUACCAGUGUGAUUUGUGUGAUAAAGGCUUUGCACAGAAAUGCCAGCUUGUGUUUCAUUGUCGGAUGCAUCAUGGUGAAGAGAAGCCAUACAAGUGCGAUGUAUGUAAUCUGAAAUUUGCCACUUCUAGCAACCUGAAAAUUCAUUCUAGGAAACACAGUGGAGAAAAGCCAUAUGAAUGUGAUAGAUGUGGACAGAGAUUUGCUCAGGCCAGCACCUUAACAUAUCAUGUUCGUCGACAUACUGGGGAGAAACCAUACAUCUGUGACACCUGCGGGAAAGCAUUUGUAGUCUCCAGCUCAUUAAUCACACAUGAAAGAAAGCACACUGGUGAACGACCAUACAUAUGUGGCAUUUGUGGAAAAAGGUUCAUUUCUUCUGGAGAACUCACAAAACACUUCCGCUCACACACAGGAGAAAGGCCAUUUAUAUGUGAACUGUGUGGAUUCUCCUAUACAGAUGUAAAGAACCUGAAAAAACACAAAGCAAAAGUCCAUGAAGCUGCUCCAGAAAGAAAUGUGAAUUCUGAUGCAGUUACUGACUCCUAUGUUGAACAAGAGUCUCUGCCAAAGAGUCCAUUACAAGAUUCUGCAGACUUGAAACCUGAUAUUUCUUUGCCACUAAUUCCUAUUGGGACUGAAGAUCAUCAGAUGUUGCUUCCUGUAUCAGAUAACCAGUCAGUUUCCUCAGAAGCUUUAAGGAGAUCUUCACUGACUGGCUACUCAGAGCCUCAGUUUAUUUUUCUACAACAGCUGUAUUAGAAAAAAAUACAUACGUACGUGUGUGUGUGUGUGUGUGUGUGUGU